UUGACCAACUCCUUCACCAUGCACGCAGUAGGAAUUUGUGCUUGGAAUCGUAGUCUGUAGUAAAUUUUUUUAUUUGUCUGUUCUAGAAUUUACUGUCUUAAACUACUGUGACGCUGUGAGGUAAAUAAAUUCCCUCCUGUUCCUAUAUAAAGGUCUAUAUACUUAGAGACAAUAAGAGUAUCAGGAACAACUCAACUCAUUCCAGUAUUUUUCUUUCUCUGUGGCUUUGGCGAAAGAAAUGGUGCUACUUGAAUUAGUUCUUGCUCUGGUUUUUGGUUUUCUUCUUCUUUGCUGUGGAUUGUUGAGGUGGAAUGAAGUUAGAUAUAGGAAGAAGGGUCUUCCUCCGGGAACAAUGGGUUGGCCUCUGUUUGGAGAGACCACAGAGUUUCUAAAGCAAGGACCAAAUUUCAUGAAGAACCAGAGAGCAAGGUAUGGAAACUUCUUCAAAUCUCAUAUACUUGGCUGUCCAACGGUCGUUUGCAUGGAUCCAGAGAUCAACAAAUAUAUUCUAAUGAAUGAAAGCAAAGGACUUGUUCCUGGAUACCCACAAUCUAUGUUAGAUAUUUUAGGAGAAUGUAAUAUUGCUGCUGUCACUGGUCCUCUUCACAAGUCCAUGAAAAAUGCCAUGCUUGGUCUCAUCAAUCCCUCCAUGAUGAGAGAACAGCUUCUUCCUAAAGUUGAUGAAUUCAUGAGAUCUCAUCUUAGUAAUUGGAGUGAAAAAGUUAUUGAUAUUCAGGAGAAAACCAAAGAGAUGGCACUUUAUUCAGCUCUGAAACAGAUUGCUGGCAUUGAAAGUGGACCCGUUUCUGAAGCCCUUAAAUCUGAGCUCUUUCAGCUUGUCUUGGGCACCCUCUCAUUGCCAAUCAACCUUCCUGGCACUAAUUAUCGACGAGCUUUUCAGGCAAGGAGAAAAAUUGUUGAAAUUCUGAAGGAGAUAAUUGGCAAGAGGAGGAUUUCUCACAGCUCCCAGCUUGACAUGCUUGAUCUUCUACUUAAGACUGAUGAUAAUAUGAAAUCUAAACUUACUGAAGAACAAAUCAUAGAUUUAAUCAUUGCACUAAUUUAUUCGGGCUAUGAAACGGUCUCGACAACUACAAUGAUGGCUGUCAAAUUCCUCCAUGACCAUCCAAGAGCUCUUCAACAACUCAGAGAAGAGCACUUCGAGAUUAGGAAAGGGAAGUCCACUGAGGAAGGAAUAGAUUGGAAUGAUUAUAAGUCUAUGACUUUCACUCGUGCGGUAAUUUUUGAGACAUUGAGAUUGGCCACAGUUGUUAAUGGUGUCUUGAGAAAAACAACCCAAGACAUAGAAAUGAAAGGAUUUUUAAUACCAAAAGGAUGGAGAAUCUAUGUUUACACAAGGGAGAUCAACUAUGAUCCUUACCUGUAUAACGAGCCCUUGAUCUUCAAUCCAUGGAGAUGGAUGGACAGAAACCUUGAUUCACACCAGUAUUUUAUGCUGUUUGGAGGGGGAAGUAGGCUGUGUCCUGGAAAGGAGUUGGGCACAGUGGAGAUUGCUACAUUCCUUCACUAUUUCGUCACUAGAUACAGAUGGGAAGAAGUUGGGGUAGCAACAAUACAUAAAUUUCCAAGAGUUGAAGCGCCUCAUGGGCUACAUAUUCGUGUUGAGAGUUACUAAGUUCAGCAGUUCAGCAUAUAUAUAUAUAUAGAGAGAGAGAGAGAGAAAUACAUGUUUACUGACACAUGUUAAUAGGUUUUUUGUUUUGUUUUUUUGACUAUGAGAAGGAUGUAUUGCUCAUUGUGUAGCUAUGUAAGUAGAUUUUAUGAUAAGAGAAUGAAGAGUUAUAACAUGUUUAUUGACAAGUGAUGGAUGUUUGUGAAUUUUGUACCGGAGAAGUUAUUCUGUGUGGAGUUAUAAGAUU